UUUGUUAAAAUAUAAUCAUUUGGAGCCAAGAAAUUAAGCUGCAAACCUAAGUGAACUUGCACUUGAUUUAUCAAUUGUGAAUAUUACUCAAAAUCAGUUGUUAAAGUCCGCAACUAAAGUUCUCAAAAAUAUAUUAGAUUCAUAAUAUAAUACCACUGUCGCAACCAUUAAUAAAUAGGAGCAUUUCCCUAAAUCAUCUUCCCAUUGUGAGACAAAGUAUACGCCUUGGUAUUUUACUGGACAAUGUUGACGCUACUCUUCAACGACCCUGAAAUCUUACUGAUGUGCUUAAUCGUUGGACUAAUAUCGUGCAAGAUCCGAUUUGCAAAAAUUCAAUAUUCUGGACCUAAGAAAAAAGAGUUGACAGCAUGUGCAACCGACGACAAACAGAAGUGUCUCAACUUUGCCAAUAAAUUCGACACAACUGGAUUGGACACCAGAUUUAAGGACACAUCUCAAGUAUUUGUGCCAUUGCUGAACCCUGAUUUUAUCUCAUCUCUGGAUAAGAUUCGUUUGUAUUCUUUAUAUAAACAAGCAACCUGUGGCAACUGUCCCUUAUCAGCGUUUGGCCUAAGUGGUAAGGGAGGAAUUCGUGGAAAAUUGUACUGGCUCUUACACCGUGGGAUGACCCAUUCUCAAGCAAAAAUCGAGUAUAUUAAAUACCAUGCAAAACUACAGGACAAUGAGAAAGUUUAUCUUACAGUGCGAAAUUAUGCUGGUCGAAUUAGAAACGAUUUUCAGAAAUUUUACAAUUUUGAGCCUGUCCUUUAUCCUGGACAUAUCGUCAUUCCCUUAAAUCAACUUCCAUCACACCUACUUUCGGAGUAUAACGGUGCAGUGAAAACGAAAUACAUGGGGGCAUGGAGAGGAAAAUUGGCCUACGACGAGAGAGCGAUGCAGUACCCCAGACCAAUUAGUGACUCACAUUUCAUCUCAAUUUUUACGAAUACGCAGUUUUGUAAAUUGGUCACAUAUUUAGACCCUGAUAAACAAAGUUUAACCCCGUACCUGAAAUUAUUUGGGUUGGAAGAUCAUAAAAAUGAUGAGAUGGACUAUUUCAUCGCUGAUUUGACUGGGGUGCUUGCCCUUCCACUGAGAAAGGAAGAUAAUUGUGUCCUCUGUCCAAGUGUGGCACUUUUUAAGCGUGGCGAUCAGAAAAGUAAACUCUGCUUGGUUUCUAUAGCGAUAGAAAAUUUGUUUGAAACAGCAUCACUCGACGAUAACGAUGAUUUAAAUAUGCCCCCAUUUCCUAAUUUGUUGGACAGCCUGAAACUCGUCCAUCCAGGAAAUGGCGUUGCUUGGGAACUUUGCAAAUUGCAUUCAGCACUUAAUGCAAAUUAUAUUUCUUCUCUAGGAUUGCACACGGUUUUGCAUGUCGUGCUAGCAGGUCCCAUCUCGCUCACGUAUGAUUUUCUAAAUAAUGACACUUCCAAUUUUGGAAGCAGGUCCAUUAUACGACGUAUCAUUGGGGUCCAUUCUUUCGUACAUUCUGCCGUAGAUGCGAAUGCUUUUGACUUCAAUGAAUCUGUCGUUUUUGCAGAAGGGGCGCCAUAUUAUGCUUGGAUGGUUGGCACAUCGCACGGUGGUGUUUAUAACAUGAUUCGAUUAAUUUGUGAUGGCUGGAGGAGCACAAAACAACCCGUUUAUGACGGGUUCAGUAAUUUAGACGGGAAUUUAGUACACAAAGAAAAUGAGGAUGUGUUACCUUUUCGGAAAUUUGUUAAUAGUUUUCUCCUUCCGAUAACAAAAUUUGUUGCGAAAGUGCUUCACCUUGUGAGAGGAGAUGAAAGUGAGCAGUCAUUUGUUGCAGAGUUUUUAACAAAACUGGGGGAUUAUUUGCCAUUGAAUAGUUGGUUAAGGGGGGAAAUACACGAUUUGGGGGGUAGUGGUGAUUUUGAAGCAUGGGGGAUCUUAAUGCAGAAACUUUUGACAUAUUUUAUAUUCAAUGCGGUUGAACAUUCGAUUGAGCAUUUCAUGUUGGGCACUUGGUUGUUGAAUGAUAUCCAUGCAGUAUUGCGGUACCAUGAACGGUAUCCAUGAGUAGGGAUAGAUUUUGAAAAUAGGAAAACCGACGUAAGAGAAAUUUGGGAUGCAGUUGGAAAAAUUAAUAGUAUUUCGGACAGAUCGAAAAUGUAUCUCAUGUCAAAUAUGGUAUUUAAACCGCAUAUUAGUAAAAGCUUUGGAGAUUUAUUUAUUGUAGAGGGCGGAUAUUUUGGAAGAAAUGAGGACGAGUUUUAUGACAAUUUUGGCAAGAGUGGGAAUAUAUUUGUGAAACUGCAAAGUUAUCAAGAAGAAUUUGUGGAAGAGCUAAGAAAGGUUUUAGAACAAAAACGCGGCAGUGAAUUAUGUGCUAAUUUUACUUUAUUCGAUUUAGGAGUUAGCGUUCAGAGUUAGAAUUAAGAAACUACAUAAUAUGUAGUUAACUUUCAAUGCAAAGUAUAUUAUACUUUGCAUUGAAAGUUAAUUAAAACGUGUGCCACUGGUUUGUUAAUUAUUAUAACUAUGAUCUUUAUAACGAGUAAUUAAAAUGUAUACCAAUGUAGUACAUGCUAUGUACAUAUGUAAAUACUUCAAUUUUCUCUA